AUGGCCCCAAAUUUACGCUCUAGUUCUCGAGCAACACCGCAUAAUUCCCGUCCUUCUACCCCGAUAGCAUCUCAUUCGGCUUCAGAAUUUUUCGACUCUUCGAGACCUCGCAAGCAACGCCGCACCGGGCGACACUCGCGCAUCGGCGUCGAAAUCCUGGACACUUCCCGUGAGAAUACAGCAGAACCCCAACCACUGGGACAGUUAAGCAGUCACAAAACAAACGUGGAUCAAAAACUGUACUCUCGACAUCUUGAUGCCGAAAUGUCAGUGAACGGGAAGUUGUCAAUCGAUCAGUUGAUCGCGAACUCCAACUGGGAUGAGCCUACGUUGAGAGAAUCGCAGCCGAGUUACAAAGACUACACCUGGUCAAAUGCCUGGUACGGUCAAAAUGCUGCUCUUUCGUCUAUGCGACCUUUAGGACAUCUACCUUCAGCGGCGGACAAGCGUAAAGCUGGGAUCAAAGUGCCGAAACAGAUCAAAGAGGCCAAAGAGCAUAGAAAGGUGGCGAAGAAAGAUGCCAGUCAAGAAAAUCUCAUAUCUGAAAGCAACACGCCUGUCGCCACAUCUGACCCUGCGUCACUCCCGACUUUCACCUCGACUGAAUAUGACGUGGAGAAGCUCCGGUCUGUAGUGCAAGUCGCCCUUCGCGUCGCAGAGGAGGCUGGCAAUCGAGCCGUGUCACAAGGACUUCGACGGCUGUGGGAUCAAGGCUCCACCGAUCCUUUUGCUCUUUCCAUUCUAGAUAGUGUGAUGAGGAAGAACCCCGAUUCAGAUCAGAAGGCCGUAUUCAAGACGGUUAUGCGAGACGCCUAUAAACGAAGCAAUCCGGCUGAUAGCGCUGUUGCUCCAGAACCUGUCAGUCGCUCGCUUUCGACAACCAGCGUCAGUUCUUUGUCCUCGACCAAAUCCACAGGUCCAAAACCAAUGGGAACGCCCACGACCGGAACGGCUCCUCUGACUAGGGGCAGGAAGAGAGGCCGCGACUCGGAAUUGCUGCUCGUUUCAUCUUCAAUGGUAGACGAGGCUGCCCCGCAGAGUGUUCAUGUAGGGGAAGUUUUGGAUCACGAAGAACAAGAAGAUCUGGCGUCGAUAGCUAAACGCACUCGUCGCGACAAUUUUCCAAUCGUCGCAAGGGAAAAAAGCUCGAUGGAUUCAUCGUUCGACGAGUCUGAGCCUGAGGUUCCGGAUGAGAAUACCUCUAGCGAACGUGCUGCUGCACGCGAUGGUUCCCAAGAGAACAGGGAUUAUUGCCAUCAAUGUCAAACUAGUGGAUCGCUACUAUGCUGUGAUGGCUCCGCCGUUGGAUCCUGCAAACCCCCCGAAGGACAAUGGUUCUGCCCGACGUGCGAGGUGCGCCUUUCAUUUAAAUCCCUUGUUAAGAACCUUGGACAGUCAGAGCAAGAAUUCCAGCUUCCUCACAGCAUCCGCCAUUACUACCAGGGCGUGCAAUCUGGUAAAGGAGGUGUGUACCAGCAAGUUGCAACCAACUUGAGAAGUGGACCUCACGGCCGGGGUAGACGAGAGGGAAGGGCCGAGCAAGAAUACCUAACCCGGCAGUUUGAUGCAAAGGGGAAGCUCAUUGUCUGUAUCGCGUGUGGUUUAACAUCCAAUGGGACUCGUCCGAUGAUACAAUGUGACUAUUGCCCAUGUUGGUGGCAUAUUGAUUGCACAGAUCCUCCUUUGCCUGGACCUCCAAAACAACUACACCCUAGUGACAAGACUUACCACAACUGGAUGUGUCCUAAUCAUAUUGAUCACGAACUCUACGUUGUUCACACUGAGAAUGGGUCUUAUGCGGGCAAAUCUCGAAUUCGACGGCCUAGGAACCCUCGCGUGAUUGACAUCGAUAUUUUACCGGAGGAUUCAGAAGUCGAAGAGCUACAAGAAACGGAAUCUCAAGGAAUUGUUUAUCGGGUUUCAGAACAGGGAGUGAAACUCAACUUCAUCGAGCGGGUUAAGCGAGAGAAUCUUGAUUUUGAUAUUUGCGUUGCUGGUGCUGAACGAUAUCGAAAGUACGCUUCUAAGAAAUUGGAUGAAUUGGUAGAGCGAGCAGCCGAAUUUUACCAAUCUGCCGCGCCACAAAUUUUAUCAAAUACCGAAGCUGAAGCAUCGAUAUUGGGCUCGCGUUCUCCAGCCGACCGCGAAGCUAUCGCCAACCUCGUCUCUUUCGCAACACAAGACCGUGAUAUCCCAAAAAUCCCAUCGGAUCGAGUCACCCCCCUGAUUGAUGCACUGCUUGCCUCUUCUGAAGAAGGUGCUCCACAUGCUCCAACCGAGCUGGAAUCACUUCAAGCGCUCCAGGAGCUGAUUAGUCGCCGUAUCGGAACACUACAGAAAUAA